UUGUGCUUGGGCGUGAUUCAUUGGAUCAGUUGACACAAUGGGUUGUUGAAAAAUUUUCGGAUAUUAAAAACAAAAACCUUCCGAUACCCACCUUUGGAGGUCAUCCAUUUACUGAAAGGGAAUUAAAGAGACAAUUAUUUGCGAAAUCAAUUAAAGAUAUUCGAGGUUUAAAGCUGAAGUGGCCAUUUCCAGACAUGGGGGAGUAUUACGAAGUUAAGGGCGUCGGCUCGAUAUUAUCCUUGCUCAAGAUGAAAGGAUGGGCAACCAGUUUAAGUGCUGGCUCAAGUGAAAUAACCUUAGGUCAUGGGUUCUUUAACGUUUCAAUAAAUCUUACACCCUCAGGGCUAGAAAACUAUCAAGAGAUUGUGAAACUAGUGUUCCAGCACAUCAAAUUGAUGAAGAAAGUUGGCGUCCAAGAGUAUAUCUUUCGAGAGGAAAAAAAAAAACAGUUACAAAAUCUUCAGGCUAUUAAGUUUCGGUUUCUUGAGAAAUCAAGUUCUCCUGCGGAUUAUGUGUCAUUUUUGGCUUCUAGUUUACAUCAGCCUUUUAAACGCGAAUGGGCCAUUUCGGGUCCUUAUUUGAUUAGAAAUUAUGAUCAAAAAUUGAUCGAUGAAAUUUUGGAUUUAUUGCGUGCUGACAGUUUCGCUCUUACAUUGGUUAGCCCAUCAUUCACCGAUUUGGAUCAAAGGGAAAAGUGGUAUGGAACAGAAUACAAAGUCAUACCUAUUGACCCAGACUUCAUUCAGACAUUACAAAAUUUGGAUCCUGACCCUCAAUUAAAAAUUCCGUCGCCAAAUGAGUUUAUUCCAACGAAUUUUGAGAUAGAAAAAAAGGAAAAUGUCACGCCACUAUUACGACCUAAUUUAAUAAAGAACACGCCACUCACACGAUUAUGGCACAAAAAAGAUGAUACAUUUUGGGUGCCUAAGGCCAGCGUCUAUUUUAUGUUGAACAGUCCUUUAGUCUACGCUACUCCGUUGCACUAU